GCCGGCGCCGCGCCUCUCGCUUUGUGCAGCAUCGCGCCGAGUGGGUUGGCCACGCCGCGCCUCCUCCUCCUUCGCCUUCUUCCAAACCUGCUUCUCCUGCCCUUCCUCGGGGCUUUUUCCUCCUCCUCUCAGCACGAAGAUGGCGGCUGCUCGGAGCCUCCUGGCCGGACUGAGCCACCGAGGGAGUCUGCGGCUCCUCUUCCAGGCGCAGGCCAAGAAUUGUGGCUGCUAUUUUUCUACUAGCAGCUGUCACAACACCAAAUUUUAUACAGAUCCACUGGAAGCUGUGAAAGACAUACCCAAUGGGGCCACUCUUCUUGUUGGUGGUUUUGGCCUUUGUGGAAUUCCCGAGAACCUCAUAGGCGCUCUGUUGAAGACUGGUGUGAAAGGGAUAACGGCUGUCAGUAACAAUGCAGGGGUAGACAAUUUUGGUCUUGGACUCCUACUUCAAACCAAGCAAAUUAAACGUAUGAUAUCUUCCUAUGUUGGAGAGAAUGCAGAAUUUGAGCGGCAAUAUUUAUCUGGAGAACUGGAAGUUGAACUUACACCACAGGGUACUCUUGCUGAACGCAUUCGAGCUGGAGGAGCAGGCAUCCCCGCUUUUUUUACCAGCACUGGAUAUGGGACUUUAGUGCAGCAAGGGGGAGCACCAAUUAAAUACAACAAAGAUGGCACUGUUGCCCUGGCCAGUGAGCCAAGAGAGGUGAGGGAAUUUGAUGGCCGACAUUAUAUUAUGGAAAAGUCAAUAACAGGAGAUUUUGCACUAGUGAAGGCAUGGAAGUCUGAUCGUGCUGGAAAUAUUAUCUUCAGGAAAACUGCAAGAAACUUUAACCAGCCCAUGUGCAAAGCUGCCAGAACCACUGUAGUAGAGGUAGAAGAAAUUGUUGAUGUGGGGUCAUUUGCCGCAGAAGAUAUUCAUGUCCCUAAAAUCUAUGUCCAUCGCCUCAUCAAAGGAGAAAAGUAUGAAAAAAGAAUUGAGCGAUUAUCUCUCAGAAAAGCUGAAGAUGCACAAAGCAAGCAGAAGAAAGGUGGUGAUAACGUCAGAGAGAGAAUCAUCAGGCGAGCAGCUCUUGAAUUUGAGGAUGGCAUGUAUGCUAACCUUGGCAUUGGCAUUCCACUGCUUGCCAGCAACUUCAUUAGUCCAGACAUAACAGUUCACCUGCAGAGUGAAAAUGGAGUCCUUGGCCUGGGACCUUACCCAACUGAAAAAGACGUUGAUCCUGACCUCAUCAAUGCAGGCAAAGAAACAGUCACUGUGCUUCCAGGAGCUGCCUACUUCUCAAGCGAUGAAUCUUUUGCAAUGAUUCGAGGGGGACACGUUGACCUGACUAUGCUUGGAGCUAUGCAGGUGUCUAAAUAUGGUGAUCUAGCCAACUGGAUGAUUCCUGGUAAGAUGGUAAAAGGAAUGGGUGGCGCCAUGGAUCUGGUGUCCAGUUCAAGAACUAAAGUGGUUGUCACCAUGGAACACGCAGCCAAGGGCAAUGCCCACAAAAUUCUGGAAAGCUGCACUUUGCCACUGACUGGGAAGCAGUGUGUGAAUCGCAUCAUAACAGAAAAGGCUGUCUUUGACGUUGAUAAGAAGAAGGGACUCACUCUGAUUGAAAUCUGGGAAGGACUGUCAGUGGAUGACAUCAAGAAAACCACUGGUGCUGAAUUCACUGUUUCACCAAACCUGGCACCAAUGAAGCAGAUUUCAACCUGAGAAGAAGAUUGGGCCUAUCUUCUAUGCUUCCAUUAAAGGGGAAUCAAAUAUCUGUUUAGCAAUGAUACAUUUUAAAAGAGAUCUUUGUAAGUAGUUCUUUGGUUAGUUAGCAUCAGCCUGACUAUUAACUCAGUAAAUGUUUAUUUGCGCACAACAGCUUCCCAAAAUUAAACCCUAUUUGGUACCUAGAUAUUUAUAAUGAUCACAGGGCAAAUUUGGCUAUUAAUAAAGAAUGGCAAGAGGCAGUACUGCAGUUUGGGUGAUCAUAUCUCUGUUUUAUUAAACUGAGAUAUACAUGUGCACUCCAUACCUUAAACUGAGAUAUGCAGAUGCCUUUUCCUGAUACAUGCAACCUUGUUGCAUGAGCCGUGCUGAAGUUUUUAAGUAACCCAGUUUCCCAUUUAUUUAUUUUUGAACUGGGAAACUGUGGUUAUCAACUUCAGAAAAAUCCAGGAUCCUCAGUCAAAUUUUAUCUCUCUAAAUGCAAAUGUUGGCUUCCAGGUCUAAUCUGAAUACUGUAACAUUGUGCGGAGGCCACAUUGAUACACCAUGUUAACUUGAAAGUGCCUAUACAUGGUUGCAACCGCGUGCGCACACAGAAAAAAUAAAAAGGUACAGACCCAACUGGCUGAUUGAAAGUAUAUGGGUAAAAGGAACUUUUGACCAUAUGGGUAUUUUAAUCAAUUAGAAAGAAAGUUUGCAUUAUAGGCCAGAUCUGAUCAAAAGUUACCAUUUUCAGAUUUUCAUGUUUCUGUCCUCUAAGCCAAUGGUUCCCAACUUUUGGCCUGUCAAUUGCUUUGGACUUCAACUCCCAGAAAUCCCAGCCAGCUUACCAGCUGUUAGGUAUUGUGGGAGCUGAAGUCCAAAACACCUGGAGGACCAAAGGUUGGGAACCGCUACUCUAAGCUGCAAAGAAAGUGGAAAGUCUCUACAAAUAGGCCUGGUAAAUUUUUUGAAGUCAAAAAGUUUGCUUUUGAGAUUUUCACUGGAAAGAGGAUGGGGCCUCUGCCUCCUCAUGCCUCCUAUAUGACUCCAUAAAAUCUGAGCACUUACUAAGAUUCAGCAUAUAAAUAAAUUGUUCUUACUUGAGUAAAACAUGUGAAGUAAAUAGGUGCCUAUUUGUUUAUGAUGCAUACCUUAGUCCAUAGAAUCCAGACAUUCUUUGUGCAUUACCUUACCAUUUAAGUUUGCUUAUUUAAAUCCUGGAUCUGCCUAGCACUUAUUUCCAUAGGAAAGAGAUGGUGAGUCUGAUCACCUUUCACAUUGUGGUGGUUCUGUUGUGAUGAAAGUUGUUGUCAUGAUAAAAAUGGAUGACUGCUUUUUUUAAAAAAAACAACGAACUUUUAAUAAUUGCAAAUACAAAUGCAGAGAUGCAUCAAGCAUGUGGAUUCUGUCUUCCCAUGGUUAACAAUGAAUUAAUUCGCACAACUGUCUAGUGACAACAGUAAAAGUAAGGUAGGAUCCCCAUAUGACAAUCUCUGUGCCAUUUACAUGUUGUAUAGUUCUUAUACCAUCUGAAAUUGGAAUUAAAACAGUGGCAUAUGAA